GAUUACAGAUAGGAUAUGGCAUCAAAACAGAAGUCUGAUGGCCAGAACCAGCGCAAUGGGCAUACACAAAGAGAGUCUGCGACUGAUGACGAGGACGACUUUAUCAUGGAACCCUGUGGGAUAGGGCCAUGUAAACCUUCCACAUUCCAACAUCUGGCGAAUAUCCCCUGUUUUGUAGGAUGUUACAGUAUCAUUGGACUCUUAUCUCAGUCCCUAAAUACGUAUUUGGGGUCCCAGAUUCCUAGUAUAGAGAAACAAUUUGGGUUGUCAAGUGCUUACAGUGGCAUUCUGAUGAGCUUCAAUGAUAUCGGAUAUCUCAGCGUGGUUCUGAUCGUGAGUACACUAGCUCCAUAUGUCCACAUACCCCGGGUUCUAUUUGCAGCUUUUCUUCUUUACGGCAUAUCCGGGGUGGUCUGUAGUCUUCCACACUUCGUCAGUCUUGGUAGUGGAACGUUACCAUCGCUUACUGCUGAUGACGUCACCAAGAACAACCUAUCGUCCUCUUCACACGCUUCCUCGAUGAGAAGUCAAGUAUAUCCACUAUGCGAUUCGGUGGCCGGAAAUAUGUCAAUGGUCGCUGAUGAAGCAUGUGGAAACAAUAUGAAGAAAGAAAGCGAAGCAGACGACACCUCUAAUGAUGUCCGGACAAUGUUUUUGGCCAUAUUUGGAAUUGGCAUGAUCCUACAAGGUGUAGCGAAAUCAUUGCGGGGUCCAUUCGUCACGGUUUAUGUUGACGAUAACGGCGAUAAAAGAAAGACUGGGUUCUACAUGGGAAUUAUAAUUGCCGUAGCUAUAGCCGGACCUUCAGUUGCCUUCGUUGUGGGUGGUGUAUUCAGCAGGAUUUAUGUCACUUUAGAAGAUGUCGACAUCACCCCGAGGGACCCGCGAUGGAUUGGAGCUUGGUGGAUUGGUUUCUUGCUAUUUGGAGGGGCAUCUGUUAUUUUUGCGAUGCCAAUCGUAUUCUUUCCUCGCCACAUCAAGAAACCAAAAGCGAUAAUGGUGAAAGGAAGGUCAACCAAGGACAUGAAAAUAAUUGGCAAAGUCAAAGAACGACUGACAUCAUUCAAACGUUGCUUUUCCAACACAGUGUGGAUUUGUCUCCUUCUCAGCGGCACGAUACAUCUUGGUUCUAUAGGGGGUUACAUAUCAUUUCUUUCUAAAUAUAUCAAAAUACAAUUCAACAUUCCUCUCUGGCAGGCUAAUAUGAUUCUUGCGUCCACAAAGGCUGCUGUGGGAUUGGGGACAUUCUUAGGAGGACUUCUGACACGGAUGAUGAAGCUGACCCCUCGGAGAACCAUAGGAUUGAUGAUUACUAUCUAUAUUGUAUACGUCAUAGUUUUUCUUUCGUCUCUCUUCCUUGGCUGUGACCAGCCGGAAUUUGUUGGUCCGGAAAGGUUUCAUCCCGGUCAGAAUUUGACCGCAGCAGAUUGUUCCGCCGGAUGUGACUGUAAAGAUGACGCGUUCUUUCCUGUUUGUGGUUCUAAUGGCGUCAACUACCAUUCUCCAUGCUUCGCUGGAUGUCCCUCUGUUCCGUUCAAAGGCCAGCAUUUUACCAACUGUACGUGUAUUCCGGAUGGAAAGGGCACUCCCGGUGAAUGCCAGUCUGAUUGUGCAAUGAUAUAUCCGUUUGCCGUAUUGUGUGUUUUUGGUGGAUUCCUCAAUGCCCUACUUAUAUCUCCUGGUUUCAUCGCUAAACUACGAUGUGUAGAGGACCGGGACAAAGCCACGGCAUUGGGCUGCAUGUCCUUCCUAGGGUCCAUUCUAGGUUGGAUGCCCACACCAAUAAUUAUUGGAAAAGUAAUUGACACGACAUGCAUAAUUUGGCAGGAUACUUGCAACUCGUCUGGGGCAUGUUUGUAUUAUAUACUAUCAGCGCUCAGGUUAAAAGUUCACGCAGUAAUCCUAGGGUACAAGAUUUUAUCCCUCGCUUUUCUGUUCCUGGCUUUAUAUCUGGUAAGGAACCUUGACGAAUGGCCACAGAAUGUUGUUAAGAAAUUUUCUUCCGAAAAAGACAUCAAGACACCCGAGGAGAUGAAAACUCUUGCGAGUGCUGAUGAAGAGGUGGACGAUGAAAAGAAUAUUAGCAUGAAUACAGAAAACAAAAAGCCUGUUGGGGGUGCGUUGGUAUUGAAUUCUGAUAACGCUAGGAAAUCCUUUAUGGAGGAGGAAGAUGAUUAUGCUGACGCUCGGAAAUGUGGACUUGGAUCCUGUCGACCAGCAUAUCUACAAAAAUUUGCAAAUAUUCAAUCCUUUAUUGGCUUUUACAGUAUACAAAAGUACGUGCACAUUCCGCUGAUUUUGUUUGGGGCUUUCAUCCUGUAUGGGGUAUCCGGGAUACUCUGUAGUGUUCCCCACUUCAUCAGUGUCGCUAGUAACAGUAUUCAGUUUAUGACAUCUAAUCCAGUCGCCCUUGACAACGGAAGUAUGCCUAUCAUGUCCGUUUCGAAAAACAUUCCAUUAUGUGUUCCACUACUUAACGGAAGUAAUAUCACAUCUGACGCAUGCGUAGGCGGCAAUGCUGACCAAGCAUCCGGUAUUGAGCUGGUGAAUGACGGAAUCAGACAGAUGUUUCUUGCGUUCUUCGGGAUUGGCAUGAUGCUACAGGGUGUCGGUAAAUCUCUGAGGGGUCCAUUUCUCACUGUAUACAUAGACGAUAAUGGUAAACGAAAAAGGACCGGAUUCUAUAUGGGUGUCAUCGUAGCACUAGCUAUCUCUGGUCCUGUAUUUGGCUAUAUAUUUGGAGGGAUGCUGAGUCGAGUUUACGUCACUCUGGAAGACGUUGACAUGUCGCCACGUGAUCCCCGAUGGAUAGGAGCGUGGUGGCUCGGUUUCCUGGUAUUUGGUGCCGCUAGCAUUGUCUUCUCCAUUCCACUUGUCUUCUUUCCAAAACAUUUAAAGAAACAAGCUGAACCUGUUAUAGACGGCAAGAAACGAGAAGAAAUGAGUCGGAAAGAAAAGAUAAAAGAGAGUGCCUUGUCUUAUUGGCGAAUAGCGAAGAAUCCAGUCUACAUGGCUCAGAUGAUCAGUUCCACACUAGACAUGGCUGGCAGAGCUGGAUAUUACGCAUUCCUGUCCAAGUAUAUAAACACACAGUUCAACAUCCCGCUUUGGCAGGCCAAUAUCACCCUAGCUAUUGCCAACAUAUCCUCCAUUGUUCUUGGCUCGUUCUUUGGUGGUUUUAUUACAAGGCGGAUCAAGCUAACACCUUGUAAGACGCUUGGAUUGUUAAUUACUUUAUACGCUGCCAACAUGAUUCUAUUUGCUGGGGUUUUGUUGCUGGGGUGCAGUCAACCAGAACUAGUUGGCCCCAAAAGUGAACAUGCGGUUAUUCUUACAUCUGCUAACCAUUCCACGAUAUGUUCAUAUAAUUGUGGCUGCAAAGAAGAUGAUUUUUUUCCAAUUUGCGGAUCAAAUGGAAUCAAUUACCAUUCCCCUUGUUACGCCGGAUGUGCCUUCCCGUUAGGUAAAGGCGGGAACUUUGCCAAUUGUACAUGCAUACCAAAUGGAAGAGCCUCUGCGGGACUAUGUGAGUCAGACUGCGGGAUGUUGUAUCCUUUCGCCAUUGUCAGUUUUGUCGCUGGAUUCAUUGUGGCUCUUACCAUUUCACCAAGUAUCAUUGCAAAGAUCAGGUGUGUGGAGGACCGCGAUAAAUCAACGUCCAUUGGACUUUCUUCCUUCUUCAGCUCGUUAUUAGGGUUUUUACCAAGUCCAAUAAUAUUCGGAAAAGUAGUCGAUUCAACAUGCUUGAUUUGGCAAAAAAGCUGUGGAACUGAAGGAGCAUGUUUAUUUUACGACAAUGACGACUUCCGACUGAAAAUCCAUCUGAUUCCUCUAGUUUACAUGUUUGCGGGACUAUGCUGCUUGUCGUUUGGGUUUUAUAAAGUUCGUUUAUGGAAAAAAUGGCCAAGCGAAGAAACGGAAGAAUAUCAAAUUGUCUUACUUUCCGACGAAAAAGUAAUUGAUAAAACUAGUAGGAAAACAGAAACCACCCCAUCACGAAACAACUCUAACAAGUAAAUGUUUGUAGUGUGUAACUAGCACAGUAUAUCUGUGGUGUUGAGAUUUGAAAGAUAUGGAAAUGUCUUAUUAAUGUAGUUUUUUUUCACUUACUUAUUACUCCAUUGCAUAACUGUAUUUAUACUUAACAUUAUGCUGUCUUAUAAUAUAUAUAUUUAUCGAGAAAAAAGUUCGUGUCCAUGUAGAGUUGGAGUUAUAGCUGCUUUACCUUUCAUGACAACUCGUGCAUCUGAUACUGUUUUAUUGGAGAAAAACAGAGGAGCAGUCAAUGAAAACAGAGGAGCAGUCAAUG